CCCUGCCCGCUGACAUCAGCCGGAGCUCGGCAGCUUGAUCCGCUCACACACGGUCAGCAGCUCCAGAACCGGGGAGAGCUCGACGGGAACCAGUGUUAUCUGCUUCUUUGUUCCCUCAUGGGACGACACGAGACUGGUGCUGUGCCAGAGAUCAUGGGCAGCUGUUGACAUCGGACUUUGCCUUUAAAUUGAAAGUAUAUCAGAGUUGUUGAAGUCACAGUGUGGCGCAGUGACGGGCCCAACAUGGCCGCCCAUCGGAUCAGAGCCACCACCACCAACAACACUUCUCUACCUCGKUGCAAAUCAGAGGGGACGCUCAUUGACCUCAGCGAAGGAGUGUCAGAAGCCACCCUCACAGAUGUCAAAGUGCCUUCUCCCAGUGCCUUACGACUGGAUGCCACUGCCUCCUUUGUUGCUGCCAGGGAAGUUGUUGCCAUCAAGGACUAUUGCCCAUCUAGUUUCACCACUCUGAAGUUCUCUAAAGGAGACCGCCUUUAUGUUCUUGAUUCGUCGGGUGGAGAGUGGUGGUAUGCCCACAACAACACAGAGAUGGGUUAUAUCCCAGCAGCGUAUGUGCAGCCUAUAAACUAUAGAGACUCAUCUUUCAGUGACAGUGGGAUGAUUGACACUGUGGGAGACAAUAAUGAGGAGGCAGCCAAAGAAAUGGAUCUUUUGGGAGAAUGGACAGGAGUGAUUUUGAAACCAACCUCCUACCAAAAUGGAAAUCCUUUUGCAACAACCCAUACCUCUACAAACCCUUUUCUACAUGGACGUCAGAGUUCACUUGAUCAGAACAGCAAUGAUAAAUCUGUUGAUCUUCUUCUGUUUGAUACACUCUCUACACCCAGUUCUACCAGAAACACUGCAGACAAUGAUUUUAGUGGUGGUAUUUUUAACUUGAACCCUCUUAGUCCCACUGUGAGUUCAGGACAAACAUUACAAAGGGACAACCCGUUUUUUAGAAGCAAACGUUCGUACAGUUUGUCUGAACUGUCCAUUCUUCAGGCUCAGACAAAUACCCCUCAGUCCACCACUGGUUUUUUUGGAGGACUUAAAGCACCAGCACCAGAACAGUUUCAGAGCAGGGAGGAUUUCCGCACUGCAUGGCUAACCCACCGCAAGUUGGCCAGAUCUUGCCAUGACCUGGAUUUGUUGGGUCAGAACCCAGGCUGGGGUCAAACGCAACCUGUGGAGACAAAUAUUGUUUGCCGUUUGGACAGCUCAGGAGGUGCUGUUCAACUACCUGACACCAACAUUAGCAUCCACAUACCCGAGGGCCACGUGGCACCAGGUGACACACAACAGAUCUCAAUGAAAGCUCUGCUUGACCCACCACUAGAGCUUAACAAUGAUCGCUGUACCACUGUCAGUCCCGUGGUAGAGAUCAAACUCAGCAACAUGGAAACCAAAACCACCAUUACCCUGGAGAUGAAAGUAUCUGUUGUGGUAAAAAUGGAGAGUAGGCAGACGACCAAAGUCUUAUGUGUCAGGAGUGACUGUAAAGAGGGACCUUAUACUCCCAUUCCCCAUGCAUACAUGUAUGAGGACACAGUUCAAGUGUGCCUAGACAACCUUGAACCAUGUAUGUAUGUGUGUGUGGUGGCCCAGGCCCAGUCCAUCCCUCCAGACUCCACAGUUUGGGAGCAUGUAGUUAAAAAGAUCACCUUAGGAGUAUAUGGUCCAAAACACAUUCAUCCAUCUUUCAAAACAGUUGUGGCUAUGUUUGGCCAUGAUUGUGCCCCAAAGACACUUUUGGUGAGUGAGGUUGGAAAACAGGCACAGUCUGCACCACCAGUUGUGCUUCAGCUUUGGGGUAAACACCAGUUUGUAUUGUCCAAACCACAAGACCUAGAUGUUGGAGUUUACUCCAACAUGGCUAACUAUGAGGUAAAGGCUAGUGAGCAGGCCAGAGUGGUUCGGGGCUUCCAGGUUAAACUAGGGAAAGUUAGCCGUCUGGUUUAUAUAAUUUCCUCACAUAAUGCCGACGAAGUUUCUGAUUUCACCUUAAGAAUCCAAGUUAAAGAUGACCAUGAUUGUAUAUUGGCUCAGUUUUGUGUACAAACACCAACACCACCACCCAAGACAGGCCCAAAGACAUCGGUGCAACGACGAUUUCUGAAGAAGAAGGAAGUGGGGAAAAUUGUUUUGUCCCCUCUUGCCGUUGCCACCAAGUACCCAGUUUUCCAGGACAGGAAAAUAAGCAACCUGAAGUUUGGGAAAUUAAUCAAAACUGUAAUCCGGCAAACAAAAAAUCAGUACUUGCUCGAGUACAAAAAAGGAGACUUUGUAGCUCUUUUGAGUGAGGAGAAAAUUAAGCUAAAAGGUCAACUGUGGACAAAGGAAUGGUACAUUGGAUAUUAUCAGGGCAAAAUAGGGCUUGUUCAUGCUAAGAAUGUUCUAGUGGUCGGUAAAGUAAAACCCAUUUAUUUUAGUGGGCCUGAUCUUACAACGUCAUUGUUUUUAGAGCAAAUACUGAAGCCCUGCAAGUUCCUUACCUACAUUUAUGCCUCUGUAAGAACUAUACUGAUGGAGAACAUCGGCAACUGGCGAGCAUUUGCAGAUGCCCUCGGAUAUGUCAACCUACCCUUGACGCAUUUCUGCCGCACUGAGCUGGACAGCGAGCCAGAGAGGGUGGCAUCUGUGCUGGAGAGCCUGAAAGAGGACUGCAACAAUGCCGAGAGCAAAGACAGGAAGUCUUUCCAGAAAGAACUUCUGACGGCUUUGUUGAAGAUGGACUGUCAGGGUCUCGUGGCCAGACUGGUCAUGGACUUUGUCCUGCUGACCACUGCUGUGGAGCUAGCAGGGCGGUGGAGGGAGCUGGCAGAGAGGCUUGUCAAAGUUUCCCGCCAGCAGAUGGAAGCCUAUGAGGCGCCGCACCGCGACAAGAAUGGGGUGGUGGACAGUGAGGCCAUGUGGAAGCCUGCAUAUGACUUCCUGGUCACGUGGGCUGCUCAGAUCGGUGACAGCUACAGGGAUGUGAUCCAGGAGCUGCACAUGGGCCUGGACAAGAUGAAGAACCCCAUCACUAAACGCUGGAAGCACCUGACCGGCACACUCAUCCUGGUCAACUGCCUGGAUGUCCUGAGAUGCUCCGCCUUCAGCCCCGCCGCUCCMGACGACUACGCCAUCUGAAGCAGCGUCCUCCCUACCCCGCCGAACCUUUCUGUGCUGUUGUGUGGCCUGGAUUUCUUCCUGUGGGGUAGUUUUAGGCUCUUCUCACAGCCAUCUCCACCCCCACGUCUCAACCACACAUGGAGACCACCAGUUGCACAUUUUUUUCUAUUUUUGUAUCCAUGGCACAGCAUUUUUGUAAAGGAACACUUUYAACUUUGUGGUUAGAAACUGUGGAUUGAACGCUUUUAUUAAACAAAAAAGAUCUUUUAUUAUCCUUGUUCUCUUAGAAACGUCACAUCUGUCAGAAUAUUUACUUGUGAAUCACAGACGAAUCAGCUUUUAUUUUUAAUAUUCUGUUUUGAUUUAGUCCUUUCUUCAUAGCACCAAUUAGCWCAGUCUGUUUUUGAUUAAUGUUUUUUAGAUUAAAAACUUCAGCAAUUUUAAUCAAGCUUUUCAUUGUCAAAUUCCAAAAACGUAUAAUUUGAACUUAAAUAGAGUUGCACAGUGGUACAGUGGUAAGCACUGCCGCCUCAUAGCAAGAAGGUCACAGGUUUGCCUUCCAGCRUAUCUUCUCCCUGAGCACUCYUYGGUUUUCUCUGGUUUCCUCCCUCAGAGCAAAAACAUGCAGAUUAUGUUAAUUGGCWCCUCUAAAUUGUGUGUAGYUGGUAGUUUAAGCAUGAAUGGUAUGUUGUCUCUUUGCAACUCGUCCAGGUGUACCUCACCUCAGUGACUGCUAGACAUGAGCACCAGUUCUACCAUGACCCYGAAAAGAAAGGACAGCUGAAGAAUGUACUUAACCACAAUUUUCUUGUUUGUUUUGUCUUCCAUUACAUCCUUUUAGAUUUGGAUUUAGGUCAAAACUAGGGUUGGGUGAUGUUGGCAAAAAAAAAAAAUAAGCAUGAUUAAUUGCGGCAUUUAGCCAAGAAAGGUUAAUAUCAGGAUUAAAAAAUGACAACUGCAUUUGUGUGUUUUUGAUUCUAAAUCAGUUAGCUUGUGUUCUUAAAUGAUACUUACAAACAGUGGUGGGCACCAGCCCACUAAAGCACAAAUCCGCUAAUUGCGGACCUAAAUAUUUCGUUUGUGCUUUAGAAAUUGCGGAGCUAAUUUUUGGAUUAGCGUUGCCCACCACUGCUUACAAAUAAAUCAUAAGCUAUAAUUACUUCUCUGUUUUCACAGCUUAAGCUGUGAAUUGAAACCKACCUUUUCCACAAUGUGGAGUGGCACCAUAUCUUUAAUAACACUCUGCCACGGCCUGCUGCGUUACCGCCUUUCAGUGCCUAGUUUGCUACUUGUWAAGAAACCGAUUGACUGAGUGCAUCGUGGAAACUCAGCAGAGGUUUGUUUCAAACAUUCGCUGGAGGACAGUUUGCUGUAGUUGGCGUUGACUCGGUCCGCAUUUUCUGACUUUCCAGUUUCUCUGAAGCUUAGUUGUAAACAGUACAAUUUUGCCCAACCUUAGUCAAAUAGAAUAUCUUUUAACAUUUAUUCUUUUUAGCUUAACUCAGUUAAAUGUUUUAAACUCAAYGUUCUGUUACAUUGACCUAAUAACUGCACCCUUAAUUGGUUUCAGCUAAAUUUAAUCUCUUAACAAAAGAAAGAAAAAAAGUUUAUUAUUUAUGAGGCUAUUUUGUUCGUUUUGCUGCUGAAGAAGCCUGUMACUGAGAUUAAUGUUUUGUUUAUUCAGUCUACUUCCUAGUCUGUGGCAUAUGGCUCAUUAUCCAAAAGAACUUGUGUAAGUCUUUGCAAAAUCAGAUUUUGUUUCAAGUUUAGUUUUUAGUCUUUAAAUCAAAUCCUGCUGUUGUUAAAGGUCUCACUAAGCUAUAAAGUUGGAGAGUAGGUUAAAGGUAUUUGUAAAGACCUCCCCAAAAUGUCUUGUAAGAUUCUGUUUCAGUACAUCAAGUUUUUCAUUCUUCAUUUAGUUUCUGUAAAUUGAUUGCCACAUUUUGACACCUGUACUGAUCUGACAAAAAACAUUCAAGGCUACUGCCCCAAAUGUUUUCAGCCAACAACCCCCCACCUGUUGCAGCUUAGUGAAAUAGUACCUUUCUAGAACCCCAAGAAAAAGUAUUUUCUUCAAAUCAAUAGAAGGGAUGCUGUCCUUGGAUUUAGAGCUAAAAAUAAACAGGCUGCAGUUGGUUUACAUGUGCUGUAAUAUCUCAGCUACAUGAUAAAAAACUUUGUCUUUUCAAAGU